CUUGCCUGCAACGUGCACGACGCCUGAACCGAUUUCCGUCAGAAAAACCCCCGUCGGCCUCGGAUGGCCAGCUAAUUGCUCGCUAAUAAAAUGGUUAGCCGUUACUCAGGCCCAACCUCGAGUACCCCCAAACCUCCAGGCUUGGGGACACCCCUUUCGCAAUGACACUCCCUUUUUUCCCUCUAGAGCUCUGCGAAGCAGUCAUCGACCACUGCCAUGAUAUCCGCCCUUCGUUGUCUGCGUGUAGUCUUGUUUCCAGGUCCUGGCUACCGCGAUCUCGCUCUCACCUUUUCGCCUCUGGUAUCACCCUCACUGCGAAUAAUAUCCGGACAUUUUGUUCUCUAAUGGAUUCCCAAUAUUGCACCAUGGCGCCCUUUAUUCGCUCUUCCGUCAUUUUUCUAAUACGCGUCUCAUCGUUUCUACAACUCGAAUCACUUUUAAAGACUGUUGAACAGGCCUUCAUCUCGAACCGCCUACGGAUAUCGUCCAUAACCUUGGUCUGCAUUCCCCAUCAGCUGCUACACACAAGCCAACUCGUGGCACUAGCGUCAACCCUCACGUCGUUGUCUCUCAUUGGAACGUUGUGGUACGAUGAGAAGGAAUCGUUUUCCUUAAAGGCUAGACGAAUAUUGGAUUUCGUUAUAUCGUUUCCUUCCUUAGAAACUCUGGAAAUUGGCUACGAAACACCAGGCCGGAUCGUCCCAUAUACCCCGCUGGUUUCUGUUUCCGACUGCCCAAGGCUCUCGCUACCGCGUCUCAAACGCCUUCAACUGGGUGACAUACCUUACAAUGCCUUCCUACCUUGGUUUUUGGUGCCAGGCGCUGUUGAUUUCCCGAACCUACGUUUCCUUUCCUUCUUUAUGGGCCAUACCACCCUCAAUGUAGAGCCGCAUCUCAUACAGGAGCUGCUAGACAGAAUAUGUGCUCCAACCGUUGAAACACUAUCAUUCUGGUAUCUAUGGGAGAGUCUUCCAGACUUAGAUCUGGGUGCUUUCAAAGAGCUCCGUUCUCUCGAGCUUUACGCCUGCUCGGGAGAUAAAAGCUACUACACCAAACUUCCGGAAUUAAUCUCGACUGUUCCUACAUUGGGACGGGUUCCGCUCACAGUGUCGGUAUCUGAGGACUCAGCCUUCGAGCCACCUGCGAUUGAUGGAGUGCAGUGGAACCCUUAAUAGUCAUUUCUACGGGAUGGAUGGGAUGGGAGGCGUGCUGCUGUGAAAACGUUGCAAAGUCGCUACGAGACCAAGGUUCCGAUUCGUGUCUCUCAAUCAUUUUGCAGUGGACGUUGCCAGCUUUAGAGUUCAAAGCAGCCCUGGAAUAGACAUAUGAAGUUUUCUAUCAACACUCAGCUCUAGAUGUUGCUGCCAAUUACACUGAUGAUUGACAGGCUACUAUAUAGUAGCACCCACGCACGAUCACGGACUAACCAUUUUCUGGCAAACGCGGUGUUUGUGCACACAUCCCAAUUCUUGUUGGGUCUUUUGCGAAGCUCGUUUUUGACUUCCGCCCGUUCAAGUUACGUCGUCGCCUGGCGGCGUGUUCUACACGCCACUGAGAAUUCACCAGCGACAUCUACCCAGACACCUACCGAUAUCACAGCCCGAAGCCGCUAAAAAACUCGCUAAAACUGGCCGCAUGGUGAUAUAUACCGAACCUUGCUUUUUUGGUAUAAAAGAAGUCCUUUCAUUGUCUGUUUAUUCCAACGGUCGACCCGUCAUUACUUCGCUUAAGCCUCUUUUUUCAAUCGAUAGACUCCGGAGUCAUGAAGUUCCUCGUUGUUUUCAUCACCGUUUACGCGAUUCUCGCCUCUGCUGCAGUUAUCGAGGAGGCAGGCCCCAGUCUCGGCCUUGGCCUUACCAAGGCGUGUAACAACCUCUCCGAGGCCCCUCAUUCGGAUGUUCACUUUUUUUAAACAGAGGGCCUGUGCACCAUCCGCCUGCAGAUGCACCAAGAUUCAAGGCCAGUUUUGUGGCAACUCGAAUGUCAAUCCGGCUUGUACCACUGGCCACGUCUUUGAAUGCAACCGUAACACUGGGAUAGCUUGCGACUUUGGGGUUAGAAGGAGCUGUCAGAAUUGUGGCAAGCUCACGUGCUGAGCACUUGAGCGUGGUUCGAGGUCGAUACAAUAUACUAACGUUGGUGUUUGUAGUAUUGUACGCGUACGUAGGACCAUCUGAAUGUGAGGCUUAAAAUUAUACGAG